CUGAAAGGCCUUCAGUGUUGAAGACUUUCUGCACAGCCUCAGCUAGAAGGUGAUCGCAACGAUCUUACAAUGGGCUUUUUCUUCCGAUUCGGUAACCCACGCAAUCCCAGGUGUCGCAGGGGCGGCAUGGGCAGGUUCAGGGGGAGGGGCGGUCGCAACCGAGGAGGCGGACGACGUCGAUGCAUUGGUUCCAGGCGGGUGCCCUCAUAUUGCAGCCCCAACUCUCGACCACGCCCUUCAGAAUGUGACGAAAGGUUCUUUCGACCUGGAAUCGGUAAUUUUUUUUAACCAACUGUUUCCGAGGCCACGCCCGUCAACACGCCCAGGGCCACCGGGUUCACGACCGCAAGGCCCGUCGCCACGCCCACCAAUAGAAGAAUGUGAAAUACCAACUGUAGGGCCCGACUGGGAGCAAGCCACGCAGCAGCAAGAAGAGACAAUACCAGAGGAGCCAGAUGUAAAAGAAGAAGAGCUGGCAACAAAACUGCACGUAACUGGGGUCGACCUUCACUACGCCGACAAUGCCAAGGCGCAUCACACUGAUAUGUACGCAUGCGCGAAGGGAACUGAAGGCAGAGACGCAGAGCUUGUUCUUCGUAGAGGUCAAGAUUUCAAGAUGACCAUCACCUUCGACAGGCCGUAUGACAUCAAGCAGAAUGAUAUCACGUUGAUGUUUAAUUUGGGUGACGACUACAAACCCAACAAAAGUUUGAAUGCAUCCUUCAGGGUGGACGAAACUGGGGCCACCAAGUACAAGCCGAAGUGCUGGGGUGCGACGGUCAUCGGUCAGAAGGGCAACUCCCUCACACUGUCCGUCUUCGUUCCGGCAACUGUGCCCAUCGGCGAGUGGGAAUUCGCUGUCCAAACUAUCGUGGACGUCAAGGACGGCAAGAACAUUGUCUGGCAGUACGACCACACAGCGGACGCCAUUGACAUAAUAUUCAAUCCAUGGUGCAAAGAGGACUGGGUGUACAUGGAGGACGACGUGUGGAGGACAGAGACGGUCCUCAACGACAACGGCACUCAGUACUACGGCACCUACAGCAAGGUCGGGGUGUCAGCCUGGGCCUACAACCAGUUCAGCUAUGGCAUAUUGGACGCUGCUCUUCACCUUGUGAGGAAAUCAUACGGAUUCCAGGCCACUCCAGCCAUGGCCAGCCCAGUCAAAGUCUGCAGGAAGAUUGCCCAGAUUGUUAACUCCUCCGACGAUGACGGGGUCCUCGUGGGCAACUGGACCGGGAAGUAUGCUGGGGGUGUUGCCCCGUCCACGUGGGUGGGUAGUGAGAACAUCCUAUUGAAGUAUAUGAAGACAGGGAAACCAGUGCGGUACGGCCAGUGCUGGGUGUUCUCCGCUGUCACCACGACUGUGUGUAGAGCUAUUGGGCUGCCUUGCCGCAGUGUCACCAACUACUCCUCUGCCCACAACACCGACAUGGCCAGGCUCAGCAUCGACGUCAUCAAAAGACAAGUGGGCCGCAAGAUUGAAGAAGUCAGGGAUGACUCCACAUGGAACUUCCACGUGUGGAAUGAGGUUUACAUGAGACGCCCGGAUCUGAACACAGACGCCAUGAAGUACGAUGGGUGGCAGGUUAUUGAUGCCACACCCCAGGAACGAAGCGAUGGUGUGUACGUGUGUGGCCCAGCCCCUGUCGUUGCCGUCAAAGAAGGUCACCUAGAUGUGGGGGACGACACCAGCUUCGUCUACGCCGAGGUGAACGCCGAUAAAGUGGAAUGGACGAACAGCAAUCAGCUCAAUGCCUUGGUGGAGACAAAGCGAUAUAGAAAUGUUAUCGGCAAGUGCAUCAGCACCCACAAACCGACAGGGAAGCCCUACGUCUCUUCUUCAACAGGCAACUUGAUGACUGGGGAUGACAGGAUGGAGAGGGAAGACCUCACUAAGUGCUACAAGUACGAAGAAGGAUCGGUAAAGGAGAAGGAAAUUUACAGAGCUGCAGAGAGGAAGUUCCGUCUGAUGAACGGUGACGACAGUGACCCGGCCAAAGCCGCUGCCCAGCCGCAGACUGGCAACCUUGACAUUGAGAUUGAGGAGAUUGACGAUAUCACAGUAGGCAGCCCAUUCACCUGCAAGGUGAAGGUCAAGAACACUGGCAGUAAAUCAUUACGUACCGCCGAUGUGAUGCUCAAGGUGAUGUACAAAACCUACUUCGACGCCGUCACGGGGAUCGCUGCUGAAAGCACAGUGGACAAUGUGAAGCUGAGGGCUGGUGAUUGCAAAGAAUUCACCAUAGAUGUAACGAGAGAGGAAGCAUGCGAGAGGCCUGAAGAUGAAUUCAACUUCGAAGUGAAAGCUGAUGUCAUUUGCUGGGAGGAUGAGAGGGACAAUGCUACAAAGGACCUGGACUUCCGCCUGAGGAAACCCGACCUGACGCUCUCGGGUCCGGCGACGUGCACCCUCUCUGAUACAAUCAGAGUGGAAGCUUCCUUCAAGAACCCACUGUCGGUGCCGCUGACGGGGUGCUCGGUGUCGCUCGCAGGAGGAUUUGCCCCAGUAGGCAUUACCAAGGAGACCAUGGAGAUUAGGAACAUCGGGCCUGGCAAAUCUUGGUCCACCACUCUCAAUCUCUGUCCCAAAGAGGCUCCCCGCGGGGCGAAGGCACGAGCUGUUUGUUUGGGGUUCGAUUCCAAGGAGCUUCCUGACGUUACAGGGAAGUUCUCCUUGGAACUUGUGGAAGAGGCUGCAGUAAAGAUAACCAAGUAAUUGAAAACUUCCUACAGCGUUAUGUAACAGCGUUUGAAAUGUAUUCUUUUCUUCAUUUUGUUAAACUUCCAAAUAUCUUGGUGAUGGUAGAACUAAUACGUGAACGCUUGCGUAGCCUUGAUGGUACCAUUUUAGGCUGAUUGACGUAUGGUAUGAUUGAGCGGCCACUGUGGUAGAACUUGGAGGCUGAUAGGAAAGAACUUUGAAAAUAGUGCCUUCCAGAUUUGAGGAAAGUGUUCUCAGAGACCAGAGGAUGAUGUUUCAUCUCUUUGAUGAUGCUGUUGAAUAGAUUUGCAGAUGAACCAAUGCUUUGAAGGAACCGUUUAGACCUUUGAAUGUGGUUUGUAUUGGAAUGGAGAGAUGUCCGACGAUUUCGUACGGUUUUUGUCGCUUUUGUUUUUUAAGCUUUGGUGAUACUUGUUUAGACAUUUGAUGUAACUGAUUUGAAGGUGCCUGUGCAGGUGCUCUGGUCGAUUGUAUCUGAGACUAACUGAAGGAUUGUAUGCAAUGUCUUGCCUUGCCAAUACCUAGAAACUACAACAUUGGUUACAAACAUCACUCUGAACGCAAGUCAUAAUAACGCAUACUGGUCUCGACUUUUGCAAAUACAAACCAAACAAU